AUGCCCUUCACAAUCGACUUUAGCAACAAACUCGUCCUCAUCACAGGCGGCGGACGCGGUAUCGGCCUCGCCAUCUCCACCGCCCUUGCUCAGGCCGGCGCGGACCUCGCCAUCACAUACACAUCUACCGACGCUUCUCCCGUCGCCGACAAGCUGAGCAAGGAGUAUGGUGUCACAGUGAAGGCUUUCAAAUGUGAGGUGACAAAGUGCGAGGAGGUGGAUCGUGUUGUGGAGGAGGUGGGGAAGGUGUUUGGGAAGGAGGUGGACAUCGGAGUGGCUAAUGCCGCCGACAUCCAAAGCAUAUUCGCCGUCAACACCUACCACCCCUACUACCUCUCCCGCGCCCUCGUCCGCUCGUGGCUCCACCUCCCCAUCCCCAAACAGAUUUUGUUCAUAUCCAGCAUCUCCGCUUUGGUCGCUAUGAACCCGCAGAGACAGACGGCGUAUAACGCUAGUAAGGGGGCGGUGACCAUGAUGGCCAAGUCUCUGGCGGGCGAAUGGUCCCAUCUAGGAAUUUCCGUCAACUCCGUCUCCCCCGGCUACGUAUCAACAGACAUGAUCGCCUCUCCCCCCGACGCCACCGCCGCCUCCUGGGUCUCCGAAUGGGAGAAACGUACCCCCGUCGGCCGCUUCGCCUCCCCCGCCGAGAUCGGUGAAUUCAUCGCGGUUUUGUUGUCAGAGAAGAUGGGUGGGGGCGGGUUUAUGGUGGGGAGUGAUGUUGUUGUUGAUGGAGGUACGUCUUUUAUGUAUUCACUGUGGUGGGGGCUGGGGCUGAUGAUGGGUUGA